AUGAGUGAACAGGCUGCUGCAACACCCAAUAAUGCGCCUGCCCCGUCUGACACGACUGGAUCCAACAAUGAAUUGGCAAGUAUCUUCCAGUGUCCGGUCUGCUUAGACUAUGCGUUACCACCAAUUCUUCAGUGUCAGAGAGGCCAUCUUGUUUGUAGAAGCUGCCACUCAAAGCUCACAUCUUGUCCAAUUUGCCGCGGCCCCUUGGGAUACAUUCGCAACUUGGCUAUGGAGAAAGUGGCUAACUUUGUACUUUUCCCGUGUAGAUAUGCUUGUUUGGGAUGUGAAAUCACUCUGGCACACGCAGAAAAAGUAGGUCAUGAAGAUGUAUGUCAGUUUAGGCUUUAUUCCUGCCCGUGCCCCGGUACUCUCUGUAAAUGGCAAGGCACCAUGGAUGCUAUAAUGCCUCAUCUGAAGAAUACGCAUGACUACAUUAUAACAGUAGAGGGAGAGGAUAUAAUUUUCCUUGCUACCAACAUUAAUCUUGUUGGCGCUUUCGAUUGGGUGAUGGUACAGUCCUGUUUUGGCGUUCACUUCAUGUUAGUCUUGCAGAAACAUGAAGAUCAAAAUGGCGACCAGAAGUUCUUCGCAGUCGUACAGCUGGUGGGAACACGCAAGGAAGCUGCAAAUUUUGCUUACCAACUUGAGCUAAAGGCUAAUCGGCGACGACUGACUUGGGAAGCGACUCCUCUACCUAUUCAUGAGGACAUAGCAAAAGCCAUUAAGAAUAGAGACUGCUUAAUCUUUGACGCCAACACUGCGCAGCUUUUUGCAGAAAAUGGCAAUUUAAGCAUCGGUGUAGUUAUUAAUAUGUGUUGA